GCAGUGGAGCCCAAACUGCAUUAGUUUCUUCAAGGAGAAGCAAAAUGAAGACUUACUACCAGUUGUGUGUCCUCAUUGGUCUGGUGUUCAGAGUUCACUCAGGUCCUGUAACACCAUCUAUUGAGAAGAAUGAUGAAGAAUUUGCAAAGAAUUACUUGAAAAAGCUGUACAACAUGGAGGAGGAGAGCAAGCAGCCAUCUGGGCGUACGGUCGAUGAGAUGAGCUUGAAGCUGGGUGAGAUGCAGCAGUUUUUUGGGUUAAAGGUGACAGGAACUCUGGAUGCUGAAACGAUGGAGAUGAUGAAGAAGCCUCGCUGUGGGGUUCCAGAUGUGGCUGCAUACAAAGCCAGACCUCAAAGUUACAAAUGGUCGACAAACAGCUUGACUUACAGGAUUUUAAAUUAUACUCCUGACAUGUCUGAGGCUGAAGUGGAUGCCUCAAUCGAGAAAGCACUGCAAGUUUGGGCUAAUGUCACCCCUCUAAAGUUCACUCGCAUCUACAGUGGUGUAGCUGACAUCAUGAUCUCAUUUGUUGUUAGAGAUCACGGUGAUGGCUCCCCAUUUGAUGGACCUAAUGGUUUCUUGGCCCAUGCAUUUUUUCCUGCUCCUGGCAUUGGUGGUGAUGCUCAUUUUGAUGACGACGAGACAUUCACCUUCAGAUCUACUAGGGGAUACAACUUGUUCUUGGUGGCUGCUCAUGAAUUUGGACACUCUUUGGGUCUCGAGCAUUCCAAUGUUCCUGGUGCAUUGAUGUACCCAACAUACAGCCCCGUCAAUGUUGACAAAUAUCUCCUGCCUAGAGAUGAUGUCAAUAGAAUUCAGGCUCUGUAUGGCCGAAACACUGAAAAACCCGUUAACCCUGAUAAGCCUGAGCCAACACCUCCAGUCACCCCUAGUGCCUGUGACCCCAAUCUGGCCCUGGAUGCUAUUACUACCCUGCGUGGAGAGAAGAUCUUCUUCAAAAGCAGUUUCUUCUGGCGCAGCCACCCACAGUUCACAGGAAUUGAGCAAUAUCUGAUCAAGUUCUUCUGGCCACAGCUUCCUAACAAUAUUGAUGCUGCUUUUGAGGAUCCAUCAGCUGACUUGGUGUACAUCUUUAAAGGUCAGAAGGUCUGGGCUCUCAGUGGUUAUGACAUUGUGAAACAGCUGACUCUCCAGAACUUUGGGUUCCCAGCUAGUCUGAAGAAGAUUGACUCUGCUCUUUAUGAUGAACGUUCUGGAAGGGCGUUGUUUUUUGUCGGCAAGACUUACUACAGCUAUGACAUGAACAGAAAGGUGUUGGACAGUGUUAAAGCUAAACCUGUGGAAAGAAGCUUUCCAGGAAUGACAAAAAAAGUAACGGCAGCUUUGCAGGAAAAUGGUUACACCUAUCUCUUCAGUGGGCCAGAUGUUCGCCAGUUUGAAAAUGGAAGGAUGACAAAAGUGAUGAAAACCAAAGACUUCUUGAAGUGCUAAUAUGUCAUACAUACUUGCCAUACAGACAGCAAUCAAAUUAAUUUAUAGAGUAAAUUAUUGAAUUAUGUACAUGCGAGUAUAUUAUGUGUAUCACUGACUUAUGGUCAUUUAUUUUUCAUGUUUUAUUGUGCUUGUUUUGUCUUUUCUAAGUUUCUGAGCUAUUUUUUGGAAUUAAAGCAUUUUUAAUUACAAUUUCAA